UGUGUGUGUGUGUGUGUGUGAUGAGGACAGUAGUACAAUUGCUCAUUUCAAAAUUGGACAUGUGAAAUGAAUGUAAGAUCAACUGUUGGUGUGAACAACUGGGACUUUUGUGAAUCCAGUAAAUGGAGAAGUGAGUAAAUUGUACCACUGAGUGAUACUGCUCUCAGGCCGCAUGAAGAGGAAGUCACAUCACGCACACGCACACAAACACACACACAGGUAGACUGAAUUAACAACUGUCAGUCACCUUGUGAAAUCACCACUGAGGGCCAACAUGUCUAUUGAUGGGACUAAGCUGUUGUUUGAGGGCUUCCUGCAGAAAAGAAAAGAUACUAUGAAAAUGAGGUGGGUGACGUAUUGGUUCAGACUUCAAAAUACAACUUUGUUCUUUUAUACGAAGAAGAAUGGCAGCGCUUCACACUUGAAGGGCAAUUACUAUAUUUACACAGUGCAGUCAGUGCGAGAGGUCCAGACGGCUGGCAGCAAACGCUUCAUGUUUGAGAUUAUCAUGACCAAUGGAAAGAGAAAACUGCUGGCAGCAGAGACAGCAGCUCUCAGACAAGAGUGGGUAGGACACCUAUGGCAAGCCAUGCAUCUUUCUACCUCUCGGGUCUCAAACUCACACCUUGAAGCGUAUGAGCAGCGAGAGAGAGAGGACAGCAGCUCACCCACGUGCUCGCACAGCGUCAGUGUGACGGAGUCGCUGCCUGCUCGGCCCCUCUCUGCCCUCACAGGCCACGAGAUCAGGAGCGUCGAUUCACACAUCUUCUCGUCUGAGGAGCUAAAUAGUGCGGACAUUCCCAUCAGUCCUCAGUGGUCCAGUGGGUUGAGCAAAGAAGGAGAUUAUGACGUUUUACCAGCUAGAAGAAAGAUAUGUGACAUCAGUGACAUCAGAGACUCGGACGAGGGCGUGUAUGACUUUCCUCUCUCUUACAAGAGGGCUGCUGAAUAUCCGGACCCCACGGAGAGCAUCUAUGAUGUACCGAGCUCUCUUUUGAGGACAAUGUCUGAUUGGACUUUAGAGGAGCAGCAGGAGGACAGAUCCUACUGGAUGAUAUGAGGUCCGGUUUGAAAGACAGACCGGAUGACAGCAGCAUCCCGACGCCCAGCCCAAAAAAACAUCCAACUGUUUGUGCCUGAUAUCUGUAGCUUUGUUCUUGACAGG